GUCUAUUUCCGGUGUAGCUAGUGUUUCUAAUCGUUAAAUAAUUUACCUUCCGAGUCCAGAGCGUACCUUUUGUCAGGUAAUUCAACCCCGUCUCUCUCAUACACGCAGGUGUCAGGCUGCUCUCUCUCAUAAGGAGUGCACUUCCCUGGUCUGCAGCACAGACUCUGAGUGGCCGCAGACAGUCUACUUAUGUCCGGGCGUAACGGGUCUGCGAGUGAUGCAGACUGUCAGAUCUGUGAGGACCGGGACCAGCUGAUGGAGCUGGGGCCGCUGCUGGAGGAGGGUGGGGCUAAGGGAGGGGCCACAGAGGGAGCGGCCAUUCUGGGGGACAAGGAUGAUGAUGAUGAAGUUGGGGAGGUGCUGACAUUGCCUGUUCAGGCUCAUCAUGCCAUGGAGAAGAUGGAGGAGUUUGUUCACAAGGUUUGGGAGGGGCGCUGGCGGGUCAUCCCUUUCCACGUCCUCCCCGAGUGGCUGAAGGACAACGAUUACCUGCUGCAUGGACACAGGCCCCCCAUGCCCUCCUUUAGAGCCUGCUUUGGGAGCAUCUUCAGGAUCCACACUGAGACCGGGAACAUAUGGACUCAUCUGUUGGGUCUGAUCCUGUUCCUCUGUCUGGGCACUCUUACCAUGCUGAGGCCCAACAUGUACUUCAUGGCCCCUCUGCAGGAGAAGGUGGUCUUUGGGAUGUUCUUUCUGGGGGCCGUGCUCUGCCUCAGCUUCUCCUGGCUGUUCCACACCGUCUACUGCCACUCGGAGAAGGUCUCACGCACUUUCUCCAAACUGGACUACUCGGGCAUCGCUCUCCUGAUCAUGGGCUCCUUCGUCCCAUGGCUGUACUACUCGUUUUACUGCUCUCCUCAGCCGCGCCUCAUCUACCUCUCCGUCGUCUGUGUCCUCGGCAUCGCGGCCAUUGUUGUGGCGCAGUGGGAUCGCUUCUCCACGCCCAGGCACCGGCCCACCAGAGCAGGAGUGUUCAUGGGCCUGGGUCUUAGUGGGAUUGUACCCACGAUGCACUUCACCAUCGAGGAGGGGUUCGUAAAAGCAACCACGGUGGGGCAGAUGGGCUGGUUCUACCUGAUGGGGGCAAUGUACAUCACUGGAGCCGGUUUGUACGCAGCCAGGAUCCCAGAGAGAUUCUUCCCUGGAAAGUGUGACAUCUGGUUUCACUCUCAUCAGAUUUUCCACGUUCUGGUCGUUGCCGCGGCAUUCAUUCAUUUCUACGGCGUCUCGAACCUUCAGGAGUUUCGUUACGGACUUGAGGGCGGCUGCACGGACGAUACUUUACUCUGAGCGACUGUGACCUCACCUCAUCACAAUGCACACAAAUCAUUUCAUUACAACACACACCAGGGCCUGACAUUAAAGUGCACUGUGGAACUUUUCAGGUGGAAGGUCAGCCACCUGCUUGUCUCCAUGGAGAUGUUAUUUCUUUUCCGAUAAUGUAACAUAUUAUGGUAUUAAACUUAUCAGUCUUUUCAAUUAAAGGUGUUUUAUUGCCAAAAAAUACUUGUCCUGUUGACAUCACCUGCUUGUCUCCAUGAAGAAUGAUAAUGUAAGUGUAAUGCCAUACUGUGGAACAUUCUCAAGGCAGCGCAAUAACAUCUCCAUGGAGACAAGACUGGUGGACCCUACACCUGAAAAGUUACAUAAUGCUCCUUUAACAAUAGUCAAAUGCUGGUAUAUAUUAAUUUUGGCUACUGACACAUUCAGGCCCACUAGCCACUUUGGCCUCUUGAAAUCUUAACAGACCUCUACUUUAUAGUCUACUAUGUAAGCCAUAUUUAAAAAUAAUAAUAAUCAAAAUAAGUGAUUGAGUUUUUUUCUCCCACUUAAUAGAUUAUAGCCCAAAGUAGAGAUGGGUGAUAUAGUAAGAUCUGUUCCAUUAACGGUAUCGGUGAUAUCAGAGGGUUUUCACUAGAUAUCAAUAUCAGGCAAAUAUGAAAAGUGUUGCUGAAAUUUGGCACUGAUGUUUUUUUGUGCCCAUGUACCAUUCAGAGUGUGUUCAAAAGACAAAUCUGAUGCACUGAGGACAGGCUAAAAAGUAAACAUGGAAAUGGAACAGUAAUUAGAAAAUAUGUCUGUCUGUUUACACAAUUAUGCAACAAAUGUAUUUAUAUCCCAGAUGAAUGUUAUUGUUUUUGCAAAGGUGACAAGUUAAUUUGUGGACUUGAACUUAACUUUUAACUUGAAAAUGUGAGCCUCAAAAAAAAAAGUUCAUAUCAAUAUCGGUUAUUGGCCACAGUAGCAAGAAAAAUAUCCUUAUCAGCUAGAUUAUUCCAUAUUGGACCAUCCCUAGUCCUAAGUGUGUAUUUUAUUUCAAAUUACACACUAAACCAGUACAGCCUACCUUAACACACCUUAAUUAUAUGUUGGUAAAGCCCUAAUUGAUCUGUACAUUUUUAAACAUAUGAGCCACAGUGGCCAGUGGGUUAAAAUGUUUGUCUUAUGUCCCUUAUUUUACAUAUAGGCAAACAAGCAUACACAAAACAUACAAUCUCAAAUACUCAAAUCCACUCACGAUGCUGCUGGAACCUCCAUGUCCUCCUCUACCCAACACUCCUAUGUUCCUCUAGAUUUUGUUCUUUAUUUUGUUCCUAUUUUUUUUUCUUUCUUUUUUUUAUGUAAGUCAAAAAGUAGCAUAACACUCCAUCGAAUGACUUCCAAAACUUCAAGUCAUUGGUCAAAUAAAUAACUAGAUGUCUUCACGCCCUACUGUUUCAAAAUCCUGUUACUGCUGGACAAAAGGCACAAUCUCUAGUCCAUAUUUUCUUCCACAAUCAUACUAUUAAAUAAAUAUGCGAAUGAGAAUACUUUGAAAAGAUUUGAUGGAAGAAGUCCAUAGAAAAUCUUUGUACUAAUAAGCAAUUUUAUAAUGCAAGCUGAAGUUGUUAAGUUUCAUUUGCUUUAUUCUCAAAUUGACAAAUUCUUUCAGCAAAGGAACUACCAUACUGUAAGACAUACUAUGUAAAGUAGCAGCUCACUUCAGGUUAACUGAUUUUUGCGUGUCAAAUUAUUAAUUUCUAGAAUAGUGCCUAAGCUUUGCACAAUGUACAGUUCUGACCCGACCCUUUGUGGCUUUGUGGAAAUUCGGUUUUGUGCUAGAGACGUAGACACAGGUGUGAUUAUCCGAGGCACCUUGCGCUUUUUAAACCUGGACUUUUAUUCUUCCUGUGCCUUAGGCCGAUGGAAAUGUUUUUAACAAAAUGGCCGACACUUAGACGAGCCUCAGAUCCUUCUUUUUCUCUCCAUAACUUUCGACUCAAUCAUUUCCUAAACUCCAGUCUUAGGUUGUAUCAACUGCUGUUAAAAAAAAUAAAAUAAAUCCUUUUUCUAGAUUUGAGUUUUAUUACUAAAACAUGUGUAUUCUUUGUGUACUGUUCCAUGUAGGUUAUAAUUCAUACAUUUCUCUGAAAUGUAAACCUAAAUAUUUAUUAAUGGUAAUCUUGGAAAAUAUUGUAAUAAAUCUUUUCCACAUGUA